AUGGCCCAGGCCAAAAUGCCAGAGGCACAAGAAAUGCUUUGUCCCUUUUGUGGGUUCAAAACAGAAAGCGAAUAUCAAAUAAUGUUACAUUUGGAAACAUUACAUGCUGAAGGACAAUCACCAUUCGUAGCAAAAGAUAGUGCAAGUGUUGUCGCAAUGGUAAAUCAAGAUAAUGUUAACUAUGCCGAUUGUCCGAUUGAUGGGUGUGGAGAAAUGGUAUUGUUUGAUGAGCUCGAUAAUCAUGUCGAGAUGCACGGAGAAGAAGAUGGCAAUAUGGACCUAGAUACUCCCGCGUCGGGAUCUUCUCGACAAGAGGUCAAGAAUGGUGCUGGUAAAGAUGCUAGUUUUGGUACAAAACUCACACACGCACUGCGAAACAUCGAUCAUGGGCAUGAUUACGAACCCCGAGAGCCACCGCCAGCGCAAGCCGGGACAAAAGCAUGGAGAGAUAUCUUGAAGAUGCCUGACAUCACUCUGAAAUCACAGUCCAAACCUCCUCCCGCCAAGGGUACACGUCAGUUAGGUAAAGCAGAGCUUGGUCCCCAUGCGCAUGAGAAGCAAAUGCCAUCAUGGCUCGUGAAGUUGCUCCAAGCAGAUGGCCAGUACAAGACGAUCAAUAGGAUCAAUGCAGAUGGUCAAUUGAGGAGGGUCAAAUAUUGUCCGAAUCAAGCGGAUGGUAUCAUCCCUGUACUAUCCCAGCUUCUUGACCAAGAUCGCUCAGUAAGCUAUGCUUACCUGUGUGAUCCGGCUGUUCUCCACGUUUCAAAACUCAUGAGAGAGGGGGGCUUCUGUGGCUACAGAAACAUUCAAAUGAUGUGUUCGUAUAUCGUUAAAUCCCAAUUCCCUGGCCAUAAAGUUCUCGGUGAUGUUGUUCCAACUAUUUUUGAUAUUCAAGAAUAUAUUGAGAGCGCCUGGGACCAAGGAAUAAACUCUCAAGGUCGAAUAGAAACUGGUGGAAUUCGUGGAACAAGGAAAUACAUCGGGACUCCUGACGCUCAAGCGAUGUUUUGCUCUCUUGGAAUCCCAUGUGAUACUGCGGCUAUGAAGACAAGAAAGGAUAGAGGAGACCCUCCAGCAGUCAAUCUUUUGUAUUCAAAGGUCGAGUCUUACUUUUUCGAUGGUGCUCUCGAUUACAACUGCAAAGUUCGUGAAACGUCUCUGCCUCCCAUAUACUUUCAACAUCCAGGUCACUCAAUGACAAUCAUUGGAUUUGAGAAACUGACUGACGGCACGAAAAAUCUUCUCGUUUUUGAUCCGAUGUUCCAUGAUUCAUCAAAAGUCGUCAAACUUGUUGGCGGACCUGCUCGUAGCAAACAUCCCAGCGAUCUAUUGAAAGCUUAUAGACGCGGAAAUAAGUAUCUGAAAAGGUACAAUGAAUUCGAGCUUCUCAAACUCGCUCCGCAACCGCGGAGCAAGCUGAAUUGA